CGUCAGCGCACUUCCUUGUUGUCAGUGGACUUCAGUAAAAGGCGGGUAAACGUGCAGCUCUGUCUGUGGUGAUACUGGUGUUUACAGAGCCGCGUGUCGGUCCCCGUCUCCUCAGCUCAGCGCAGAUACACAGUGCCGCGUCAUGGCGUGUAAGAGAGGGGCUCUCAUCGUGCUGGAGGGGGUGGACAAGGCCGGGAAGACCACCCAGUGCCAGAAGCUGCUGCAGGCGCUGCAACAGAGCGGUCGGCCGGUGGAGUUGAUGUGCUUCCCCGACAGGACCACGGCCAUCGGGAAGCUGAUCAGCGCCUACCUGGAGAGGAAGAGCGACCUGGAGGACCACACGGUCCACCUGCUGUUCUCUGCCAACCGCUGGGAGAUGGUACCUUUGAUGAAGAAGAAGCUGGAACAAGGCACCACUCUGGUUGUAGAUAGGUACGCCUUCUCUGGAGUUGCUUUCACCAGUGCCAAGCCGGGGUUCUGUAUGGACUGGUGCAUGAAACCUGACGUGGGACUGCCAAAGCCGGACCUGGUAAUGUUCCUGCAGCUCAGCCCUGGCGAGGCUGCUCUCAGAGGUCAGUUUGGGGGGGAGAGAUACGAGACCAGCAUCUUCCAAAGAGCAGUGCAACAGAAGUUUGAACACCUGAUGAAAGAUUCCUCAAUAAACUGGCAGGUAAUCGAUGCUGCUAAGAGUGUUGAAGAUGUGCACAAGGACAUCACAACCCACAGCCUCGAUACUAUCAACACAGCUGAGAACCUGCCACUUGGAGAGCUGUGGAAGUGAUCGUGGCUACAGCUGCUGGUCCAGGACCAAGACAAGUCUGUAAGAUGCAAGAUGUAGUUAUUUUUGUAAAUGAAUACCUGCUAUAAUAGCUGAAUUACUCUUUUGCACAUUACACCUUUGCUUAGCUCAAUCUUUUACCUGCCAUUGCUUGACUGGAAGCAGAGAAGAAAUGCCUCAGCUGGGAUUCAAAUAUCAUUUAACACCGUCUUGAAAUCGAAGAGAGAAACAUUUGUGCUGUCAAAUAUCCGAUUGGGAUUUUAUUUGUUUUUAAUCCUCUUACAUGUCUAUUGUUAUUUCACCUGUCUAUAUAUUGUGUUGAUUAAAUAAAUAAUCUUCAAAUGAA